AUGCUCAGGGUCGCGGGCAGGCGCCUCUCGUCCGCUCUCGCCUGGCGCCCCGCCGCCGCCGCCGCCGCCGGCAACCGGGGCCCUCUCGCCGGUACACUACCCGGCCGCGACGACGACGACACACGCGACCGCAGGGCGCGUUUCGCCAUCGACUCUCCCUUCUUCGCCGCCGCCAGAGGGUUUUCAGCGGAAACUCUUGUUCCAAGGAACCAGGAUGUGGGCUUAGCUGAGCUCCCAGCAACUGUGGCAGCUGUGAAGAAUCCAACUGGAAAAAUCGUGUAUGAUGAGUAUAACCAUGAGCGCUACCAGCCUGGGGACCCCAGCAAGCGUGCAUUUGCCUACUUUGUGCUGAGUGGUGGGAGGUUCGUUUACGCAUCUUUGCUGCGACUUCUCAUCUUGAAAUUUGUCCUGAGCAUGUCAGCAAGUAAGGAUGUUCUCGCACUUGCCUCACUUGAGGUUGACCUCUCAAGCAUUGAGCCUGGCACCACGGUAACUGUGAAGUGGCGUGGCAAGCCGGUCUUCAUCAGGCGGAGGACAGAGGAUGAUAUCAAGUUGGCCAACAGUGUCGAUGUUGCGUCCCUCCGCCACCCAGAGCAGGAUGCAGAGCGCGUCAAGAACCCCGAAUGGCUGGUCGUCAUUGGGGUCUGCACUCACCUGGGCUGCAUCCCGCUCCCCAAUGCAGGAGACUUUGGUGGCUGGUUCUGCCCGUGCCACGGCUCGCACUAUGACAUCUCUGGUAGGAUCCGCAAGGGCCCGGCACCCUUCAACCUGGAAGUGCCGACAUACAGCUUCUUGGAAGAGAACAAGCUUCUCAUCGGCUGA